CACGUGUCAGGCGUCAUGUGAUAUAAGAUAUCAGAGCCUGUUUGCUUUGUGCGUUGUGGGUGUUGCAGACGGUACAUCAAACGGUAUAUGUAUGUGACCGCUCAGACGAGGAGUAUGCAGAAAAGUGCCCUGUGCUGAUAACGAAUAAACUCUUUCUGCCUGCUCUCAGGAUUCCUGCUAAUCAUGACUCUGCAGAUGGGGCUCUUGUGUUUGGCCCUGCUGGGUCUGAGCUCGGCGCUGGUCUGUCCCGAUGGAGGCAUAUGUCAGGGCAAAAACACCUGCUGCAAGAAUACUGAGGGGGGAUACGGAUGCUGCCCACUACCACGUGCAGAGUGCUGUUCAGACCACCUCCACUGCUGUUACGAGGGCACGCUGUGCGAUCUGGUCCAUGAGAAAUGCGUCAAUAAAACAGUUUCCCUGCCGUGGAUGACACGACUCCCGACCACACCUCAGCUCGAGGAGACGGUGAAGGCAGUCGUUUGUCCGGACCAGGUGUCUGAGUGUCCGGAUGGCACGACUUGCUGCCAGCUUCCUGACAGCUCCUGGGGCUGCUGCCCCUUAGCCAAGGCGGUGUGUUGUGACGAUAGGCGCCACUGCUGCCCUGAGGCAACAAAGUGUGAUAUCGCUCACUUGCGGUGCGUCUCUGCCUCGCUGGAGUCCUUCCCCCUGCUGGUGAAACUACCUGCUAGAAGGAGAGGGAAUAACCCAGGUCUUACUACUUUUGUAGCUUCUAUUGGCAGUUCAGUGUCAUGCCCUGAUGGGAAAGUCAGCUGCCCAACCGCUUUCACAUGCUGUCUGCUACCCAACGGAGAGUACGGCUGCUGCCCAUACCCAAAGGCCACAUGCUGUGAGGAUCACCUUCACUGUUGCCCUGCCAACAUGGAGUGUGACCUGAAGCAUUCACAGUGUAGGCGUGGCGAGACCGUCAUGCCCCUGAUGAAGAAGAUCCCUGCUGUAGCCAAUGACAUCAGUUGUCCAGACAAGAAGGCAUUUUGUCCUGAUCUCACCACAUGCUGCAAGAUGACCAACGACACCUACGGCUGCUGCCCGAUGCCCAAUGCCGUCUGUUGUUCCGAUCGCGUCCACUGCUGCCCUGCAGGCUCAGAGUGCGACCUGUACCACAGGACCUGUCUGUCUACCCAGAGAAACCCCACCAUGACUCUGGCAGAAGCUGCGACCGAGCUCCUUACAGUCCAGAGAAAAGUCCAUUCCAUCCCCUGCAACGAGUCUGUGGCCUGUGCUGACAGAAGCACCUGCUGUAAAACACUAAAAGGAGACUGGGCCUGCUGUCCGUUACCACAGGCUGUGUGCUGUGAGGACCACCUGCACUGCUGCCCCCACGGCACCAUUUGUAACCUGAAAAGCUCCACGUGCGACGCCUCCACAGGUAACGCCGUGACUCCCAUGCUUGGACACGUGCCCGUAUUUCCUCUACUGGAAGACGGUAACAACAGGUGCGACAAGUCAACGACAUGUCCUGGGAAAUCCACCUGCUGCAAGACUGCGAGUGGCAGUUGGGCCUGCUGUCCGCUGCUUCAGGCUGUUUGCUGUGACGAUCACAUCCACUGCUGCCCUCACGGCAAAGUCUGCAACUUGGCAGCCGAAACUUGCGAUGACCCUUGGGGCUUCUCUCCGCCCGUCUCCUGGCUGACAAAGGUACCAGCUCUGACCUUAGAGGUGGAGGAUGAGAAAUGUGACGAGAAAACCAGAUGUCCAUGGGGCUCCACCUGCUGUAAAAUGAACUCUGGACAGUGGGCCUGCUGCCCUUUACCUCAGGCUGUGUGCUGCAACGAUCACAAGCACUGCUGCCCCAAAGGCUACAAGUGCAAUGUGGCAGAGGGGACCUGUGACAAACCCGGUGGCCUCAGUGUGGCCUGGCUGCAGAAGAUCCCGGCCCUGCAGGAGGAGCCUGGCCGGACUGUUUCCAAUCCAACUCGGAACAUGUGCGACGCCCAGACCAGCUGUCCCAGAGACACGACCUGCUGCUUCAUGGAAAAGGAACACAAAUGGGGCUGCUGCCCUCUGCCGAACGCUGUCUGCUGCAAAGAUGGAAAACACUGCUGCCCCAGCGGAUACACCUGUGAGCCCCACCACUUCUCCUGCUCCAGAGGUUCCCAUGUUAUACCGUGGUUCGCCAAAGUGAGCGCUGUAACGGAGCCGGGCGCCAUGAUCGACGUUAAAUGUGACAACAAGAGCAGCUGCGCUUCAGGGACGACCUGCUGUAAGCUGAAGACCAGAAAGUGGGGCUGCUGCCCGCUGGUCAAGGCUGUUUGCUGCACUGACCACGAGCACUGCUGCCCUCAGGGCUACACCUGCAACAUGCAGACAGGAACAUGCGAGAAGAAACAACACUACCACCACCUCAGCACCAUCCCUCAGAUCGAAGUGCUACAGUCUGUGAAGGAGGCAGAGGAUGAGGAGGAUGUGGCGUGUGACGGCAGGGGCGAGUUUCGCUGCUCCAAACAAGACACCUGCUGUAAGAUCUCCGCCACGGAGUGGAGCUGCUGCCCCUCCCCCAGGGCCGUCUGCUGCUUUGACUCGAAGCACUGCUGUCCUGCUGGGUACUCCUGCGACCUGAAGGCCGGAGGCUGCACCUUGCAGACCCAACUGACCUGGGACUCGUGGUUUGGGGACCGAAAGAGAGACACUGUCCCCCACGGACUCUAAUCCACUGAGACAGAGUAGCUUUGCACGAGUGACCUUAAAAUAAUGAACCCACACAGGGAGCUUGGCACCUGCUCCCAGUUAAUCCUGUCUGAAAGUGGCUGCUUCACUCCUUUAGCUCCAUGUGUCUUCUGAUUGGCUACCCAAACCUUUAAACAACAGGUGGGUGCGGCGGGCGGAGAAAGCGCUUUUAAACCUUUAAGAUAGAGGAGCAGGUUUCUGUAAGCUUUUGUACCAAGGUUGGCAGUUUGAGUUUGUGGAACAAAUCUUAUGCAUAUUUUGAUGGCAUUUGUUGCUACUUUCACAAAAAACUCCUGAUUAUUAGUGUUUAAACGUGAGUGCACAGAGCUGGUCUACUUCUCUGGAAGAGAAUCAUGAAUGUACAAACUGCCUUUUUGUGAGCAACAUUUCCUAAAUAAUCUGACUUUAACCUUUCCUGGUAGUUUAUUCAGUAAAAUGGCAAAGCCACAAAUUAAGCACUUUAACAGUGAGAAACCACAAAUCUGAACAAACUAACAAGUAGCCUUUAGAAUU